AUGCAGGAACUCUCUCAGUUCUUUUCCUGUACUGAGACUGAAUACUUGACUGGUCGAUACGUGAGGGAGGUGGAGGAGGAGCGUCUAGUUACAGGUAUACAUUAGAGUGAAAAAAAAAAAGAAGCCUUACUCACAGCAUUACCAGUGUUUUUGUCCCCUUUUCAUUACAGAACACAAGACAACCAUCGGUGGCAAGCCACGAAGAUGCUUGUGGAGCUGCUUCUGUUCGCUGUGCUGGUGUUCCUGUUGUGGAAGACCUUCAGGAAACCCCCCGGACUGCCUCCAGGCAGGUGGGGGCUUCCUCUAGUGGGCUACAUACCCUGGACCAGUAAGAGCUUUGAGGAGCAGGUGAUGGACCUCCACGAGCAGUAUGGAGACAUCUUCCUGUGGAGGAUGGGGACUCAGUUGAUGAUGUUUCUGAAGGACUACAAGCUGGUGAAGGAGGCUUACUCCAGAUUCGACUUUAUAGACAGACCAAACUGGGAAACCUUUAAGACCUUCGAGGAAACUCCCCACGGAGUCGCAACGAGUAAUGGUCUUCUUUGGCACAACAACCGGAGAUUUACGCUGCGGCAGCUGCGUGACCUUGGCAUGGGCAAGUCCUCCAUGGUGGGGGCGGUGCAGCACCAAGGCCUCAAGCUGCGCGAGACUAUCGCCGAGAAGGCUGGCACACCCGGAAUGAUUCCCCAUCAGCUUCACGUGACUGUGCUCAACGUGAUCUGGCACAUGGUGGCAAGCAGACAGUUCGAUGCAGAAGACAAAAUGCUGCAAGAAUUCUUAAAACUUAUGGAAGACUUCGUGUUGAUUUCUAACCGACUGGCCAUCAAGGACUUCCUGCCGUGGCUGGAAAAUAUCAUGCCGGAUUUCCUCUUUAAACGCCUCAUAAAGUAUCAUGGAACCAAGGAUUUGAAGGACAAGUUCAUUCGAUAUUUUACCGAUGAGAUCGAGGAGCACAAGGCCACUUUGGAUCCAGACAACCCGCGGGAUCUCAUUGAUAGCUACCUGCUGGAGAUGGAGGCCAAGAAAGAUGAUCCGGAGACAACCUGCAGCGAGUGGGAUUUGAUUUUUUUAAUGUUUGACAUGUUCUUCGCGGGAAGCGAGACCACCGUCAACACCUUCACGUGGCUGUGCUGCUACCUGGCCGCACAUCCGCAGGUUCAGGGCAAGAUGCAUACUGAGAUUGACGAAGUGCUUCCCAAUGGAGCUCUGCCCACAUUGGCGGAGAAGCCUAGGAUGCCGUACACAGAGGCAGUGAUCAACGAAGUGAUGAGGGUUUGUUCACUAGUAAACUUCGGAUUGCAGCACAUGGCCGCCAGUGACACGCAGCUCGGGGGCUACACCAUUCCCAAGGGAGCGGUCGUGAACGCUACUGUCACGUCAAUCCACUAUGACUGUCGCUACUGGGAUCGACCCAGGGAAUUCAAGCCAGAACGUUGGCUGGAUAAGAACGGCAAAUUCUUCAUACCCAAGGAGGGAUUCCUGCCCUUCGGUUUAGGAAAAAGAGUGUGUGUUGGGGAAAGUCUGGCCCGCAUGGAGCUGUUCAUCCUCACCACCAUGGUCUUUCAAAGCUUCUCCAUCGCUCCUCCGCCAGGCAAGUCCGUCAACUUGACACCUGAUUUGAGCGGUUUCUUCUUCCGCAAGGCAAUGCCCAAUGAGUUCGUCUUCACCGCCAGGGAACAGUAAUUGUGGCUAAGGUUAUCACCAGCUUCUCAGUCAAGUAUGUCAUCAGGACAACAGAUAUCCCUCAUUUCUUUACUUAUUUGUACUAGUUUCCAUAGGCAGAUCCGGUUGGUGUAAUUUAGUGUCUGUCUGCCCUGGCUAUAUAUUGUAACCUACCACAGUACUCCAUUCGUUCAGCUUCACUGUCCACUUAAUCAGUUGUUUUCACUUUUGUCCACGGAGGUGACAAAACUCUAUUGUUUGUCCAACAUUGGAACUGGAGGAACAUAAGUAGGGUGUUGGUGCAGUGUCCUUUAGCAGCAGAAUUUCCAACCUGUUAGAUGACAGGAUUACUGUCAAGUUGAGCUAUCUGAUUGAAAUGUUGUGAACUGACGUCUCAUUGAACAUUAUGUAACUUUUACAAUACAUUUCCAUUUAUUUACGUGUUAAUCUUAUGGCGUCUGCCGAGCAGAUACUACAUUUCGGAAAAUGAGUUACAAUCACUGAGUCGGCUUUGAUUCCUUUGAAGUUUUUUGUGUGAUUAUUGUAAGAACUCUUUCCAUAAGGAUGUACUCGUCGUGGUGUAGCAGGCAGUGGGAGCAAGGUGCUGUGGAAGUCUCUCAGAGCAUCUCUUGGACAUGUGGCACUUAUGUCGCCUCAAGCCAGCUCGAUGUUCGGUUACAUGUAGCAUCAACCUAAGGAACAUCCAGAACACUCUCAGGUCAUUGAAAUACUGAGCUGUUGAUCUGGAAGCUGAAAUAAAUCUGAGCUUCGCGAGAAA